AGGAGUACAUUGUAUAUGCUUUUUGGAAUAUUAAGAGAGUUAUACCUCACAGGAAAUCGAUUGAUAAAACGCUGAAGUACGCACAGAUUGCCAAAGAAAUCUCUGACGUUCCAAGGAUGGAGAAUUUUCGAAGAAAGUUUCAGGAUCUUCUAGGGAAUUUGAUCCAAUCGCCUGAUUCUAUUCGACGCGAUAGAUUGCAAGAAGUCCGAAAGGCAAAUUUACAAGCUGACAAAAGAUUCCUAGAUGAUCUCGAAAAAAAACUUGGCGAGGCAAAAUCGACAAUAGACUGCCUUAAGUCUAAGAUAAAAACGUGCAAAACAGAUGAAAUCAACGAACUUUCCGAAGAGCUGAAAACACAGCGGCAUCGCGUUGAAGAGGAUCAGAACAAAAAAAACUUGAUAAAGAAGAGUUUGGAUGAGGAGGAAGACGAUGCCGAACGGCAAGACAGUUGCCUUAGGAAUUACCUUAAAGACAACAUCGUUGACGACAAAUUUGAAAAGUUAGUUCACUCGCAUGGCGUUGACAUGGUGUUAACAUAUCUUCGCAAAGCAAAGGAAGCAGAGAUACCAUCAUGCAAAACUUUUAUUGCCUUGUGGGAAGUCUUAAAAAGACUUGGUAUUAUAGAGACUGGGAACUACUUCAACCUAUCAAGUUUGCUUGUGGUAGCUGACGAUCACCUUGACUACAAAUGCCUGAUAAAGGAAAUUGAGCACGUUGAGGAUGCAAUUCUUGAUCGAUACGACACAAAGGAUGAGUUCAGCCUGUCAGACUUCCAAAAGAAAGAUUUUCUCGGAUCAGGUGCCUUCGGAACCGUUUACGCUUACCAAAAUAUCAGACACGAUGAUAGGAUAGCUGUUAAGGAAAUAGCUAUCCCAGGUACAAACAAAGAACAUGAAGCCCUUAUGGUCGAGGUGAACAUAUUGCGCGAGCUCAGUAAAUACGAACAUACCAAUAUCAUUGGUUACCGUUUUAAUGACUUGAAGGACGGCAAGCUCUACCUUGGAAUGGAAUUCAUGAAAGAGGUUAACGAAGUUUUGUGGUCCAUCCUCAAUGUCGUCAUCAUUCCUGAACACCGCCGCCUCGAAUCCAUUCUCGAUAACUUUAGGAGUCGCAGCAUCCCAGGCAUUGCUGAUAAUGUUUGUAACGUCUAG